AUGGACUCCACCGAUUCGGACGGCAACUUGCAAGGAAAUUUUAAUUGGCAGUACGCCAGAAGAAGAUACCAGGGUGUUGUUAUGCCAGUAGAUUGGCGAAAUGACGAAUUUCAUAUUGUCGAAGAGUAUGAUAACCCGAAUAAUGAUGAUGACUUUCUCUUCGAUGAUUGCACAGAUGGAGAGUUCAUGGAAAUAACCGUUAAUCAGUGGUUCGGCGAGAACAACAAAAUUUACAGGAGAGCGGAAAUCGAUGGAAUUUUGAGGGCUGUAAUGGUUUCCGAUGGACUUCCUGAGGACAAAGAGGACGAGGCUCUCCGAUUCGUUCUUGGUGGAAAAACAUUCAAAACUGUUGACACCGAUUUUCUGGUCAAAGACCUAGAAAUUCGAUCGUUUGGAGAAGUUCCUCCUCCUGCGAUGACCCCGCCGAUUCGAGAGGCAACUUGCUCGGAAAUUUUAAUCGGAAGCACGCCAGUACCAGCGAUUGACUCAAAGGAGUUCAGUACUGUUUGUGGCGUAAAAUCUGCUGACGAAUACGAAAUCAAAGCUAAAGUCGAAUGCAAUUUCGCAAAAGUUCUAGCAGUUGGAAGUUCCUGGUCAUUUAUUCUUAGCAGCAAUGCAUUUUCUUUGAGAGCAGUUUCCGGAAGACAAUACCAGGGUGUUGUUUGGCCAGUAGAUUGGCAGAAUGACGAAUUCUAUAUUAAUGAAGAAUAUGAUAACCCUAAUAAUGAUGACGACUUUCUCUUCGAUGAUUGCACAGAUGGAGAGUUCAUGGAAAUCACUGUUAAUCAGUGGUUCGGCGAAAACAACAAAAUAUACAGGAGAGCGGAAGUCGAUGGAAUUUGGAGGGCUGUAAUGGUUUCCGAUGGACUUCCUGAGGACAAAGAAGAAGAAGAUGUCCGAUUCGUUCUUGGUGGAAAAACGUUCAAAACUGUUGACUCCGAUUUUCUGGUCAAAGACCUGGAAAUUCGAUCGUUUGGAGAAGUUCCUCCGCCUGCUAUGACCCCACCGGUUCGGGAUGCAACUUGCGAAGAAACUUUGAUCGGAAGCACGCCUGUUGUAGCGAUUGACUCAAAAGAGUUUCAAACAGCCUGCCCAGCGAGAUCUUCAAGCGAAUACGAGGUGAAAGUCAAGGUCGAGUGCAAUUUUUCAAAAUUUAGUAAAUUGAGAAGUUCAUGGUCGUAUAUCAUCUCCAGCCGUGCUCUUGGUAUAAGAGCAGUGUCAGGAGGAAUGUAUCAGGGUGUGGUGUGGCCAUUGGACUACUACAAUGACAAAACUUACAUCAAUGAAGAGUUCGUGAACCCGAAAAAUGAGGUUGAUGAUUACAUCUUCAAUGAUUGCACGGAUGGUGAAUUUAUGGAAAUAACUGUUAAUCAGUGGUUUGGUGAAGACGGUAAAAUUUACAAGAGAACAGAAAUUGAUGGAAUUUACAGAGCAGUUCUUGUUUCCGAGGGACUCGGGGAGAACAUCGAAAAUCUACCUAUAGAUUUUUUCCUUGGAUCUCAGACCUUCAAAACUGUUGAGUCUGACUUCGAGGUCAAAGACUUGGUAGUCCGCACAUUCGGCACGAAUCUUCCGAAGAAAUGCGCACGAUUCGAAUCUUUUCCGACAAAUGUCAAAACCACUUGGAAUUUGGCUAAAAAAAUCUGUCGGCUAACUGGUGGAGAACUUGCUCAUUUCGAGACAAUGGAAGAAUUUGACGAUUUUAAAUCUGCUCGCGAUGGUCUUGAUCGAUCCGACUGGCUUGGAAUGAAGCGAACAAAAAAUGGCAGAAAAUUCAAAGACUUGAAACGAAAAGAUCUCCCAUUUACUAGCUGGGACCAAUUCGAGCCCAACAACGCUGACGGGAUGGAGAACUGUGUCCAGGCGAAUCCAAAUAGCAAUUGGAACGACGUUUCUUGUGAUGGUCCCCUCGGUAUCGUCUGCAGAUACGAAGAUGUGUGCUAA